AUUCUUCAAACUGGAAAACGGCAUCAAUGUUAUGGUAAUCUCUAGUCUUAAGCCCGGCGAAGAUCCCGACCCCGAAUCCGAUUCCGAUGAUUCAUCAGAGGAUACAGAAGACGAUGAUUGUCUAAUGGAGACCCGGAAUGGAGACGACGGGGUUGUGGUCUUUAUGGGCAGCGAAAAGUACCCCACUGAGAACGACUUUGAUGCGUAUUUGAGCAAGCGGGGUGGUACGAGCAAUGCAUGGACCGGGAACGAGUACACGCUGUUUCACUUUGAUGUGAAACGGAAACACUUUUCCAAGUGUCUGGACCGAUUCGCUCACUUCUUCAUCUCUCCCCUACUGCUUCCGGACAGCACGGACCGUGAGUUGGCCGCCGUCCACAGUGAGUUUGAGCUGGCCAACGCGAGGGACUCGAACCGUUUGGAGUUCUUCAUCUCCUCGCUCGCCGCAGAUGGUUCGCCGUACAAAAUUUUCGGAUGUGUUUCGCUUGCUAAAAAUCGUUCAGCUGUAGCGCCCUUUCGGUGCCUAGCUGCCAUGCCACCCGGAGGAAGCACGAGGGCUGGCGUACUACCAGAGUGCCCAAGUCCAGACAGGCGAAGUCGAGUGGCAGAGGUCGGAUUCGAACCUUCGAAUCCAGACCUUCCGGUCAGUAAUAUGAAGUCGCUACGGGAUAUCCCGGAGGAGCGUGGGACUGACAUCUAUUCGCUGUUACAACAACACCGGAAAAACAUGUAUUCUGCACACCGAAUGACAUUGGCGUUGCAUUCCAAAGAUUCUUUGGAUCAUCUGGAGGCCUUGGCUCGUGAACUCUUCGCUGCUGUUCCGAACAGUGGCGUUCCACCACUCGACUUCUCGGGAUUUGUCAAUUCGUUUGAGACUCCUUCGUUCAACAAAUUCUAUCGAGUGUGCCCUCUUGGCGACCGAGAGAAACUCCGUCUUAUCUGGUCCCUGCCUCCUCUUCACGAUUCAUACGAGUCUGCACCGAUGGGCGUCAUCUCUUCGUUGGUCGGUCACGAGGGACAAGGAAGCAUACUGACAAUGCUAAAAGACAAAAACUUGGCUGUUUCACUCAGCUGUGGUGUGGAUCCUUCGUCGGACUUUGUAAACUCCAGCCUUUGUACACUCUUUAUCAUCUACAUAACGCUCACCGAUGAUGGUCGGGAUAAUGUCAGUGAGGACCGUCACUUCCUUGUGUGGACCAUCAUCAUCGUCGACAGCAUGACAUCAGUGUUCAACACCGAUGCUUCGCUGCCGUACAACCAUGAUUUAUUUGAAAGCCCAAUCGUGCAUACACCUCCAGACACUCACUCGGGCAAUCUGACAAUAAAAACGCCAUUGACAUCGGUUGGAGGCCACAUCUCGUACCUUCUCCAACCAGGCACAGGUCUGCAAUUUUCAAAUCAGGUUUGCCGCAUCGUCUUUGACUACUUCAAACUGCUGCUCGCCUCAGCCCUAUCAGACGACCCGGUACAGUGUGAGCAACCUGCUGGUAGUCCGAAGGAACGGGUACUGCACACACUGCACUCUUACUUGCCUGAGUACCGACUCACCCAUGAAGCGGCUUUUUUGUACAGUGAACCUGAGGAACCCGACGACACAGUGGUUCAUGUGGCCAAUAUGAUGCAGUUAGUCCCGCCCGAACAAGUCUAUUCAGCCUAUCACGUUUUGAAGAAAGUGGACAUGCAGCUGUACGUACGCCUCCUCAAACUUUUCACUCCUGGACGUGCAUCCAUCAUUCUCCUAUCUGGCAAAUUCGCCUCAUCGCUUCCGACUGAUGGUUCGGUGCUGGUGGAACCGUGGUACAAUGUGCGCUACACUGUGGAAGAUAUUCGUCCUGAUGUGCGAAAGCUGUGGGAAGACUCCGUACCGGACAAGGCGCUGCAUUUACCGUUUAAAAACAAAUUUUUGACUUCGAACUUUGAACUCAGGCCCGCGGCUGAAGACAUGAAGUACCCAACUGAUUUGAAUGCAACUACCAAUGGAGAAUAUAGACGCCGUUAUGGUCAACUUUGGUUUCAACAAAGCACUCGUUUCAAAAGUCCCAAAGCAAUCGUGGUCAUUCAUCUGUGGUCUCCGAUUGUUAUGAAAACGAAGGAAAAUCUAGCGCUACACAUGAUAAUGAACUACAGUCUUAAUCAAACCCUUAGCGUAAUUGCUUAUGAGGGUGGCGAAGCUAACUUGAGCUACAACCUUGAGUACAACGAGAGUGGCUUGAAGAUAUCAUUGAGCGGAUUCAACGAGAAACUAUUCGCUUUCUAUCAGACCAUCCUGAACCACAUUGUGAGCGAAGAUUCGGCCACUUCGUCUGCUCAUUUCGAGUCAUAUCGAGACGCGAUCAGACAGUUGUGUUUCAAUGAAGCAUUGAAACCUAACGUAUUAAACACACACAUGCAGUUCUAUCUGCUCCGAAAAGAAGCCUAUCUCUUCGACGACCUCCUAUCGGCUAUCAAGAACUUGUCCGUAGCCGACUUGAUGGCCUAUAAACAACAGUUUUUCUCCAAGCUACGGAUCACAGCCUAUGUGCAUGGUAAUAUGUCUGCCGACGAUGCUAUCGAGUUUUUCGAGUACACCACCCGCAAAAUCGGAUGUACUCCUUUACCCAGUCGGAAAUUUACAGAUGUUGCUUCAUACGAGCCGGGAACGUAUAGAGUACGAGUGUCGAACUGCAAUCCGGCAGACGUCAACAUGUGUAUAGCCCAAGUGCACUUGCUGGGCAAGACGGACCUACGGCGUACUGUAUAUAACAAGCUACUGUGUAGCGCGGAUUUACUGACCGGAAGGUCUGUGGUUCGAACCUACCCUCUGCCUCUCGACUUCCCCCGUCUAGGCUUGGGUAAGCUGGAAGUAUCCUCACCCUCGCGCUUACUUCGGGUGGCAUGGCAGCUAGCCACCAGAAGGGUGUUACAGCUGAACGCUGUAACAGCCAUUCGGUGCUUAGCUACCAUGCCACCCAAAGGAAACAUGAGGACUCAGAUACUGCCAGGUUCCCCAAGCCUAGACUGGAUCAGUCGAGAUGAUGAGUACAUACUUUCAGAGCCGGCUUUUGACUACCUGAGAACCAAAGAAACUCUUGGCUAUCAAGUGUAUCUUCGAGCUUGGCGAUCCACACCUGGUGGAAAUCUUCACGCCGGCGCGUCAGUUGUGGCCUGCAGUCAAGCUAACCACUUCACGGCGAGUCACGUUGCUGGGCGUCUCUCAGCAUUCUGGUAUCACAUUGUACCUCGAAUUUUAGCCGGCAUCGAAGAGGAGACUUUUCAGACCGCAUACAUACUUUCAGAGCCGGCUUUUGACUACCUGAGAACCAAAGAAACUCUUGGCUAUCAAGUGUAUCUUCGAGCUUGGCGAUCCACACCUGGUGGAAAUCUUCACGCCGGCGCGUCAGUUGUGGCCUGCAGUCAAGCUAACCACUUCACGGCGAGUCACGUUGCUGGGCGUCUCUCAGCAUUCUGGUAUCAUAUUGUACCUCGAAUUUUAGCCGGCAUCGAAGAGGAGACUUUUCAGACCGCAGUUGCCUCUCUCAUCACCAUAGCUCAACUGGAGGAUCCAAACAUGCUCACUGAAGCGGAACGGAACUGGGCUGAAAUACUGAUCGGAGAAUGCAUGUUCAAUCGACGAGAGGCUAGCGUGAAAGUGCUAAAGACGGUCACGAAAAAAAGUUUGUUCGAAUUUUUUGUGACGGAAUAUCUGAAACCGUGCAAUCGGCGAGUCCUGUUGGUUCAAGUCGAGGCGUCCGCCAAACCCGAUUUAGGUCACGUAUUUCCGCAAAAAUCUUAUGACCUCCAUAUUCGACAUGUCAAAGUCACCGAACAACUUCAACAAGACGAGCAAAAUAGUCAGGAUGAGGUUGAUGUAGCAGCCGCUGUCACCGCUUGUGGUUUUGACAACGACGCCGGUUUGACUUUCAUGCAUACUUGUUCUUUGAUGGAUGACACUUCGGAACUAUGUCCCCCAGCCACGGACUGUGUUGCAAUUGAUAGUUUGCGAGGCUUUCGGUCCACUCUGGUGUAUGAACCUGGCCGUGUUGUCGAAUGAUCGAGUGGAACGAUGCGAAUUACUGAUCAUGUUGGCUGUAAUUGCCUGAUGAUGAGGGUUUUACCUGCGAUUUACUUUGUACUGCCACUCAUGUGACUGGUUCUUUCUCAUGCAGCUCUGGUCCUAAUUGUGUAUCCAAGUCACUUGAGCUUUCGGAGCCGUUUGGUUUUUUCUUCUACCUGGGAACACGUGUCCGCACUUAAUGCCAUUAUCUUAAAGAAUAGAGAUUGGGGCUUUUGGCUGUCCUAUUUUCUCGAUUCAUCCUCUGAUGGUUGAUGUUAGCUCUGCCAAUCAAAAAAACUGUAUUCACU